AUAGGGGCGGGCUCUCUUCCCGCGGGCGUCAUGGCGGAGGCGGCACUGGACUCUGUGCGGAGGGCGUUACGAGAGUUCCCGGCUGCGGCUCGCGACCUCAGUGUACCUCAUGCUGUGCCCUACCUGGAUGGGCCCCCAAAUCCACUGUGUUUCUAUCGGGAUUGGGUGUGCCCCAAUAGGCCCUGCAUUAUCCGGAAUGCGCUGCAACACUGGCCAGCCCUCCAGAAGUGGUCCCUCUCCUACUUAAGAGCCACAGUGGGUUCCACAGAGGUGAGUGUGGCUGUGACCCCAGAUGGCUAUGCAGAUGCUGUACGAGGGGACCGGUUUGUGAUGCCUGCAGAACGUCGCCUGCCCAUGAGCCGUGUGCUGGAUGUGUUAGAGGGCCGGGCCCAGCACCCAGGAGUCCUCUACGUGCAGAAGCAGUGCUCCAACCUGCCCACCGAGCUGCCCCAGCUUCUGUCAGACAUUGAGUCCCAUGUGCCCUGGGCCUCUGAGUCACUGGGAAAGAUGCCUGAUGCUGUGAACUUCUGGCUGGGCGAGGCAGCUGCGGUGACAUCCUUGCACAAGGACCACUAUGAGAAUCUGUACUGUGUAGUCUCUGGCGAGAAACACUUCUUGUUACAUCCACCCAGUGACCGGCCUUUCAUUCCCUAUGAUUUGUACACACCAGCAACCUACCAGCUGACCGAAGAGGGCACAUUUAGGGUGGUGGACGAGAAGGCCAUGGAGAAGGUGCCCUGGAUCCCACUGGACCCCCUGGCUCCAGACCUGGUCCGGUACCCCAGUUACAGCCAGGCACAGGCCCUUCACUGCACUGUGCGGGCUGGUGAGCUGUUGUACCUGCCAGCCCUGUGGUUUCACCAUGUCCAGCAGUCCCACGGCUGCAUUGCUGUGAAUUUCUGGUAUGACAUGGAGUAUGACCUCAAGUACAGUUACUUCCAGCUGCUGGACUCCCUUACUAGGGCUGCAGGCCUUGACUGACGGGACCCUCACAGAUACUGCGGAGGACAGCCCGUGUUGGGGGUUGAUUCUAGAAGCAACCUAGAGUUUGCCUAUGUACUGUCUGCUGCCAGGGUUCCUGCGUGGGCUGAGACCAGCCUCGACGAAACCUGAAAUAUAGUUGGAGGACCUCACCCAGGCAGGUCUGGGUGAGGGUGCCAAGGAAGUUGCCACACAGGGACAAGGAAGCGUGGAUCAGGUACAGCAGUGCCUGUCACCAGUGCUAUGACCUUGGGUGAGUCACUGCGUGUUAGCAUCAGCCCUCCGACUGUAAAGUGGAGAUAAUAAUGGCUCUGGCUCCCAGGGCUGUUGUGGGGAUAGACAUGGACCAGCAUGGAGGAGUCAGUCAAUAAAAGAUGGCGCUGAUA